UGCGACGCCCAGGAGAUCCAGAGGAAGCUCAACCAGCAGCAGGACCUGCAGAGGGACAUAGAGAAGCACAGCACGGGCGUGGCGUCCGUGCUGAACCUGUGCGAGGUGCUCCUCCACGACUGUGACGCCUGCUCCACGGAGACGGAGUGCGACUCCAUCCAGCAGGCCACCAGGGGGCUGGACCGCCGUUGGAGGAACAUCUGUGCCAUGUCCAUGGAGAGGAGGGCUAGGAUUGAGGAGACGUGGAGGUUGUGGCAGAAGUUUCUGGAGGACUUCUCGAGGUUCGAGGAGUGGCUGAAGAGCUCAGAGAGGACGGCCGCCCAUCCCAACUCCUCUGGCGUCCUCUACACCAUCGCUAAGGAAGAGCUCAAGAAGUUUGAGGCGUUCCAGAGGCAGGUGCAGGAGUGUCUGACCCAGCUGGAGCUCAUUAACAAGCAGUACCGACGCCUGGCCCGCGAGAACCGCACCGACUCAUCCUGUCGCCUCCGCGAGAUGGUGCACGACGGGAACCGCCGCUGGGACAACCUGCAGAGGAGGGUGGCCUCCAUCCUGCGCAGGCUCAAGCACUUUAUUGGUCAGAGGGAGGAGUUUGAGACGGCCAGAGACAGCAUCCUGGUGUGGCUGACAGAGAUGGACCUGCAGCUCACCAACAUAGAGCACUUUUCCGAGUGUGACAUCCAGGCCAAGAUCAAGCAGCUCAGGGCCUUCCAGCAGGAGAUCUCCCUGAACACGGGGAAGCUGGAGAUGGUGUUCAGGCAGGGGGAGGCGCUGCUAGGGAAGAGCGAGCCCCUGGAUGCUGCCGUCAUCGAGGAGGAGCUGGAGGAGCUGCAGAGGUACUACCAGGAGGUGUUCGGACGCGUCGACAGAUACUACAAGAAGCUCACGCGCCCUCCGCUCGCUGACGACGAGCUGGACUGCUCCGACCGAGAGAUGGACAUGGACGAGGACCUCCAGUGGGCGGACUCGGCCUCUCUGCCCCGCCCCGGCAGUCGCUCGGCCUCCGGCGGGGACAUGGCCCCGAGGGCUUACCGCUCGGGGCGCGACACGCCCGCCAGCGUGGACUCCAUCCCGCUGGAGUGGGACCACGACUACGACCUGAGCCGCGGGCUGGAGAGCGCCGGGGGCCGCGGCCUGGGGUUGGAGAGGGGCCGGGGGGAGGAGCCGGAGGAUGAGUACGUCAGGACGGCCGCUGUGCUGACAGAUAUAGUUAUACCAGAGAGCCCUGAGGCCUAUAUUAAACUGACCGAGAACACACUGAGGUCCUCCUCGGGUGAGCCAGGCCAGCUGGAGGCCCACCUGAGACAGCUGGACCAUGCUCUGGACGCGGGUCGCUACCACCUCCAGCAGAGAGAGGGCGCUGUAACCAGCUCCAGCCCAGAGCUCGACUCCAACUACAUGGGCUAUAUGCGUCUGAUGGGGGAGUGUCGAGGCAGCAUCGACGCUGUGAAGAGGGCCGAGGGAGAGCUGACUGAGGACGCCCCAGCCGGGCUCACCAACCCUACCGGCACAGACUCUCAGAGCCCUGGUGUGAUCGAGCGCUGGGAGCUGCUCCAGGCCCAGGCCCUGAGUGGCAGACACUGUCCCCAGGACCUGCAGCAGUGGCAGCAGCUCAUCUCGGACCUGCAGACCCUCCGCGCCUGGCUGGGCCAGACAGAGGCGGAGCUGGGCCAGCUCCGAGGGCACGACCUCAGCCCCGACAUCCACACCAUCCAACAGAGGAUCCGCAAGCUCAAGGACUUGCAAAAGGCUAUGGAUGCCCACAAAUCUGCAGUCCUGUCAAUCAACCUGAGCAGCGCAGAUUUCCUCCAGUCAGGGCCUGACUCAGAGGAGGCGUGGGAGCUAAGGGACGGGCUCAAGGAGAUGAACUCGCGCUGGGAUUGGCUGGGCUCGUCUCUGGAGGAAUGGAGGGAGGAGCUACAGAAGUCCUUGAUGCAGUGUCAGGAGUUCCAUGAACUGAGCCACGGUCUGCUACUAUGGCUGGAGAACAUCGACCGCAGACGGAACGAGGUUGUCCCUAUCCCCCCCAGGCUGGACUGGGAAGCACUCCGCGCUCACCACAGAACACUCACGCAAAUCAAACGUGAGCUGUUGGACUCUCAGCAGAAGGUGGCCUCUCUCCAGGAGCUCUCAGCCCAGCUGUUGGUCCACACCCAGGCUAGAAGCCAACUCCAGCCUUCAGAGCAGGCCCAGAGGGAGGCCCAGGGCGUGGAGCGCCUGGAGGCCCGGGAGAAGGUGCACGUGAUCGGGAACAGGCUGCGGCUGCUCCUGAGGGAGGUCAGCUCUGACCUGGACGGUCUGGAGAGGAGACUGGAGACCAUGGGCACCCUACAGAAGUCCCUACGUCAGUCUCCUGUGCACCAAUCAGACACCUCUGGAUCGACCAGCCCCAUUUCUGAGGGGGUCGUCAUCAGCCGCAGGAGAUCGCCCCGGGGCAAAACUAGUCAGGCCCUCCCUGGACUCCCCCACAGCGGCCCGCGCCACAGACUGACCAAGUCUCCAGCAGGCGCUGGCUUCGCUUCCUCCCCUUCUGACCUCUCCAGUGACCUCCUCCCCUCCCCCGCCUCCGCCUCUUCUUCCAGAGGUCAACCCUUCUUCUUCAGAGUCCUCAGGGCGGCCUUGCCCCUCCAGCUCCUCCUCCUGCUCCUGAUUGGCCUGGCCUGCCUUGUUCCAAUGACAGAGGAGGACUACAGCUGUCACCAUGCAAACAACUUUGCCCGCUCUUUCCACCCCAUGCUGCGUUACACCAACGGACCUCCGCCCAUAUAAGGACUUGAGCUACGCCUAUUGGGUCGUCCGCCCAUAUAAGGACUUGAGCUACGCCUAUUGGGUCGUCUGCCCAUAUAAGGACUUGAGCUACAUCUAUGCGGAUAUUCAACUAUAAAAAGACAAUUGCUACUCUUAUAAGGAUAUCCACCCACAAAAGAGAUUACUAAAAAACACAUGGAGACAACUGCCCAAUAUAAGGACUAUAGUUUCACCUCAAACCUCCGACCCAUUUGAAUGUUCCCUCCCCCUUAUACUAUGGGAAUGUGCCCCCAAGGCCAUAUCAAGACCAUUGUCCUAGAACCACAAACCAUCUGAGAAGUUUAUAUAUAUAUAUAUAUGGCUCCUAACACAUAUCUUCCAUUUCUAUCGAACUCCUCCGUCAUUACAAAUAGACUGACCUAGGAUCAAACCGUUCACUUUUCUCAACUUUAAUGUGUAUAAAUAUAAUACUUUGGUCAAGUUUCUGAGGAAAAUUCCAAAGUCUGAAAUGAAAAACAAAGCACUAUUUAUACUGUAUGUUGGGAGCCAAAGUCGACUGUGCUGUGUGUCAGCAGUUCAGUGCUGCUAAUAUUUAUUUGUUUCAAUCAGCGUUUGGUUAGAUGUUUUAGUGUCAAUGAACCUAGGAGACCUACAAUGUCUGAAUAGCAGAUGUUCUUAUAUAAUAAUCCUGAAGAUCAUUUUAGAGCUAAGAGCUGCUGCUGUAGCACUGGCAUGAGUACUGUUGAAGGUACCGUACUGCAGGCAUCCCUCAAGAUGGCCACACCCUUAUCCCUGAUAGGCCAAGAAAAGUAACAGUCAAAGCUCAUGAUUUGACUUGAAUUCCAGUGUUUCAAUAUAAGGCAAAUUAGGUUUGAGAUGAUUUGUAAAUUGACGUUUGACAAAAUGCCUUUGAAUAUGGCAGUUAUUUUUUUACAUUUGAUGUUUGAGCAUGCACUUGAAGUCCAUCGCUUUUAAGGCCAAACAAUCACCGGUGAAAGAAGGAUAUGAAAUAGUGUGCUUUGUAAUAAUGAUCAUCUUUGCUAAAUGGAAACAUCUAAAUCACUGGGAUGUAAAAACAAAUUACAUUGAAAAAGCGUUAUUUAUGUAUGUACAGUUUGCUAAUGCUAAAUACUCUCUUUGCAUAAAAUAAAAACAUAAGUAUUAACAUG